UCAGUAGGAAGCGUUAGCGUUCUCCUUCUACGCUUAUAUUCAUGCUAAUAUGGCAGCGCCGUUGGGUGGAGGCGAUACGGGCAAUGGCAAUGACCAGAUAUUAGACUUGGGAGCUGCACUUCUUAACAACUUCGUAUAUGAGCGGGUUCGUCGCCAUGGUGACGGUGAUGCUGAGGUAACCCGGAGUCAUCUGGGAGCUGUGGAGUUGCGCGACCCCAAUCAUAAACGUCUUGCACAGUGUCUGCAGCAAAUUGGAGAUGAGUUGGAUGGAAAUGUGCAGCUGCAGAGGAUGUUGAAUGACUCUGGUCUUCAACCUACCAAAGACGUCUUUAUCAAAGUUGCCCUUGAGAUUUUCUCAGAUGGAAAGUUCAACUGGGGCAGGGUGGUGGCACUUUUCUACUUUGCAUGUCGGCUUGUCAUCAAGGCUAUUUCAACAAAGAUUCCUGAAAUCAUCAGAACCAUCAUCAGCUGGACCAUGUCCUACAUUCAGGAUCAUGUGAUUAACUGGAUCAGGGAACAGGGUGGAUGGGAGGGAAUUUGCUCUUACUUCGGGACCCCCACAUGGCAGACCAUUGGGGUCUUUUUGGCUGGAGUCCUUACCACUGUACUGGUGAUCCGCAAAAUGUGAAGUCGGGAACUGAGAGAAAGGCGGAGAAAGAGAGAAGACAGAGUUUUGACAGUGAGUGGAGUGUGAAACAGACCAGCAAAAGGAAACAGAGAGAUGAGGGGAAGAGGAAGAGAGCAGAGGAACGGACAGAGAGACUUGAUGUCAAAUGAGAAUGAGAGAGAGAGAGAGGUGGAGAGAGUAAAAGUCGAGCAAGAAGCAGAUGUUUUGAUUCACUCUUGUUACUCCUGAGCCUGUGGCCUUACUAGUUUAUGCAUCAAUCUCUGUAAUAUUUGCACUGAAAAUGAACGAGAGAUUAAUUCCUAAUUUCAGGUUUAGCCAUAAUUUUAGGUAUUUAUUAUUUGUUUGGGGUUAUGGGUAUUUAGGUCAUAUAGGUUAAGAGACUGAAUACAUUGGGUAUUUGAUUUAAUUUAUUGAUUUUUUUUCAAGACUGACAUUUCUUGAUCUCAUAUUCCAUGUUAGUUUCCGUCAGUCAUAAAGAAAUUGGUUUGACAAUUAUUUAUAAUUGUGCUGUAAUUGUUGCAUUAUUGUUAGAUCUGAAAGAAUAGGAAUGGGCUCAGGGUGAAUUCUGCUAAUAUCUGAAUUUCUCCUCUCCUCAUUUCUCUCUUCUUUCUUGGUCUUAGUCUCCCUCAGUUUAUGACAGUACUAUGAUCUGAAGGUUUGUGCUUCAGUGAUAAAGGUGUAAGGUUUAGCCUCUUGAGCAGAAAUGUAGUGUUUGCAACAGCGUUUUGGGCACAGGAAUGCAACGCAGCCAAUCUCACACUGGUUGUGUUAUGUGGGCAUGUCCGAGUUAACAUAAGCAAUGAGCCCUUCCUAUAACGGUAUAUUUCUGGUGACUCUUGAAUUAACAUUUCUGAGCCGUUUUUUACACAAUCCAAAUCAUUUCCUUAUCAGACAGCGGUGGUAUCUGCCUUACAUCCAAAGAUAUAGGAAAAUCACGUGUGAUACUUGAAUGAAUUGCUGUUAAUUUUGCUUAAGCUGGUGCAAACACUUCACAAUGGAAGGGAUCGUGUGCAUUUGUAGUACCCAGACUUUUAUCUUGGACUUGUGGUUGAGCUUUUCCCUUUGGAAGGUCUUCUCAGUACUGUAUUUUUAACGUUGGUUAGUCAAACCCACAGUGCUACCUUCAAUUGUCUUUUUUAUGUUUCUUUAUUGUUGGUUGUUUGGAUAAAGGUAUCGUUUUCUUUUUUAUUGAUUCUUUUGUUGACAGUGCCUUGGCCUUUUAUGAUACUUGCCACCACUUUUUCAUCUUUUUCUACAUCUUUGUACAUUGGUAUGAACUGUGCACCCUAAGGAAGUCUAUGUACUGUGAGCCCAUGAGUUUGUUUUGUAAGAUGUGAAAUGAAACAAUAAAUUGUUUUUAUGGAUUUCAA